ACGAGCACGUCCUACGAAUAUAGUACUCGAUCAUAUACUAUUAUGACGGUCACAUAUAAUAUAAAAUAAAGUGUAGACUUAUGAGGGGACUUGGUUGUAUAGUGAAUAUUUCAGCUGUAGUCUUUUGGGUUCAAGAGAAAAUGGGUAAGUUUCAAAGGGUCUGUGUCUUUUGUGGAAGUAAUUCAGGGAACAGAAAGAUCUUCAGUGAUUCAGCUCUUGAUCUUGGAAGGGAACUGGCGGAGAGGAAGAUGGAUUUGGUGUAUGGAGGAGGGAGUGUUGGGCUGAUGGGAUUGGUUUCUCAAACAGCUUUUGAUGGUGGAUGUCAUGUGCUAGGAGUUAUCCCAACUGCACUUAUUCCUGUUGAGAUAUCUGGCCAUGCAGUGGGAGAAGUGUUGAUUGUAUCAGAUAUGCACGAAAGGAAGGCUGAAAUGGCUCGUCAAGCUGAUGCUUUUGUCGCUCUUCCUGGUAUAUAUAUGCAGAUAUAUGUGAAUUUUGAGAUCGAAAUAAGACUUUCAUUAAUUAAUUUGUUAGAUAUUGAUCGAUGCAAGUUUUUCCCCCUUAACCCUUUCUCUCUGUUAUAUAAAUAUGCAGGAGGAUAUGGAACCAUGGAAGAGUUGCUUGAGAUGAUAACAUGGUCUCAGCUUGGAAUACAUAACAAACCAGUGGGUCUCUUGAAUAUAGAUGGCUAUUAUGAUUGCUUGCUUGGAUUGUUUGACAAAGGGGUGGAAGAAGGAUUUAUUGAUCCGUCUGCCAGGAACAUUAUCAUUUCCGCAAAGACUGCUCGAGAGCUGAUACAGAGGAUGGAGGAAUACAUACCUGUGCAUGAUCAAGUGGCAACAAGACAAAGUUGGAACAUAGAAGAAAAUCACAAUGUAAGUUUGUAGCUGUAUACCCUUCUUUUGCCCUCCAGGAGGGGAAGGGGAAGUGCUUAUUGUAAUAACAUUUUCCUAAAAGGCAGUUGAAAUCUUAUGUGCAAGCAGAUAAUAUAAUAAGAAUGUGAGAGAGAGAGAGAGAGAGAGAGAGAGAGAGAGAGACAAAAAAAUAAAAAAAGAUAUUCCAAAUGGACAAGGGCACUAAUUCUCUGAAGAAACCCUUUCGCUGAUUGUGUUUC